AGACAGCCCGCCUCGGUUCGGGUCAGGCCCACGCGAGGGGCAGCCCCGAGCGCCGUCCCAGAAGCCCCCGCGCCGCCCCGAUCCUGACGGGCCGACCGGUCUUCCGCCGCACGUGUCUUCAGAGCGAUGCCUAAAUCUAAGCGAGACAAGAAAGUUUCCUUAACAAAAACUGCCAAGAAAGGCUUGGAACUGAAGCAGAACCUGAUAGAAGAGCUUCGGAAAUGUGUGGAUACAUACAAGUACAUCUUCAUCUUCUCUGUGGCCAACAUGAGGAACAACAAGCUGAAGGACAUCCGGAAUGCCUGGAAGCACAGCCGGAUGUUCUUUGGCAAAAACAAGGUGAUGAUGGUGGCCUUGGGGCGAAGCCCAUCUGACGAAUACAAAGACAACCUACAUCAGGUCAGCAAGAAGUUGAGAGGUGAAGUUGGGCUCCUUUUUACCAACCGCACAAAGGAGGAGGUGAACGGGUGGUUCACAAAGUAUACUGAAAUGGAUUUUGCUCGAGCUGGGAACAAAGCAACUUUAACCGUGAGCCUGGAUCCAGGGCCCCUGAAGCAGUUCCCUCAUUCCAUGGAGCCGCAGCUGAGGCAGCUGGGCCUGCCCACUGCCCUCAAGAAAGGUGUGGUGACCCUGCUGUCUGACUAUGAGGUGUGCAAGGAGGGCGAUGUGCUGACUCCAGAGCAGGCCCGGGUCUUGAAGCUUUUUGGGUAUGAGAUGGCUGAAUUCAAGGUGACCAUCAAAUACAUGUGGGAUGCUGAGUCGGGGAGAUUCCAGCAGAUGGACAGUGAGCUGCCUGAAAGUGCGUCUGCUUCUGAGGGAGAGUCAGAGGAAGAGGAUGACAGCUGACUUUAGGGCGUGGGAUGGAGGACUUCCAGCAAGUUCUUUAUCUCCAUUGUCACCAGGACUGCUGUCACCCCUCUGAUGGGAGCGGCUCUUUAUUUUGACGUGGAUGUGGACAAGAGAGGAAGCUGGGGUGGGACUUUGUUUCUACAAAGAAUAAAAUCUUGUCCCUGGGGUUUUUCCUGUA